AUGAUGCACCGAAUUAGUCCUUUUCGUGCUCUAGACCCUUUCGCGCCAGUCGUAGCUCGUGCCAACGUUUCAGAUCAAGGGAUGAAUGCUAGCUUGAAUCCUGCUGUGCUUCAAGGGAAUCACUUGACGCAGAAUCGCGAGUGUUUCGAAAUAGGCCAAACUCAAUGCCCCUCCUCUCUUCCUUUUGGUUUUCCCGACCAUCACCAAUGCUUGACUCUUGGCAAGCCCGAUGACUCUAUGGGUUUCAUUGACUGGUCUAAGAAACGCUUCACAAUCGUGAAUAGCAUGGAAAACGCGAUCACAGAUCAUCUGAAGUCCAAUCGAGCGUCGAUGCCAGAAACACGACAAUCCUCUUGCUGCUAUGAUAUGACGGCUGAGUGCAUCUUGAAGAUGAAAGAGGUGGAUGCGAACUUGGCUCUGGAAAGACUCGUGCAAGAAAAGCUUGGCAUAGAAAUGAAGCAAAAUGCUCGAAACCGGAUUAUGGACCUCAUGAAAUUAUUGCACGUUCUUGAGCAACACGGGAUCGUCCGCUUGAUCAGAAGCGUGGAUGAUGAGCAGAGCAUCCUGGGGUUCAGUGAGAUGCAGGUCAAGGAUCUCAACGAGUUCAACCAGGCGAUCAGGAACAUGGUUGCCUACGAUGAGAACAGAUGCUGGCUGGUCAACGGAAGAAAGGACAUUAAGGAGCCCACAGGGCCUGUUUAUGAGCUCCUGCGACAGAUUGGCGUCAAGCCGAUGAAGGGGACACGGGGACCAAGGAACGGAGAUCCUGGGAAGAGGGACUUUAUGUACUCUUACAGGUACAUCUACGACAAGGAUUCGAUGAAGAAGAAUUGCAACAGGCUAAGGAAGGGAUACAUCGGAAGAGCGCUGGGCGAAGAUCAGGACAUGGCGAUGCAAGAAGAUGACUGA